UACCUGAUGGCCAAGUUCGUGCUCGCAGGUAAGGCAGAUUGCCCCUACUAUGCUAAGGCAGAACUCCUAGCUGACUAUCUGCAGAAAAAUUUGCCUAACUUCAGGAUACACAAGAUUACUCAACAUCCUGACAACUGGGAGACGUGGGUGCAGGAGAUCUGUGAAAAAAAUGGAUGGGAACACACACGCUCUCCAAUUAUUUGGAGGGAAUUGUUGGACCGUGGGGGAAAGGGCCUUCUUCUGGGAGGAUUCAAUGAUUUCCUAGAACAUGCUCAGCAAUACUAUGACAUCACAUCAGACAUGAUGACUGCAGAGAUGCUCCUGAUAGCUAAGGAAAAUUUGCAGACUCACAUAGAAAUUGACACGGAGGAGAGAGAACUUAAAAGCCUUAUCAAUCCUUUGCACAUUUGGAUGAACAGAGCAUCUGCUCAUGUCUGCUAUCAUCUGAUCCCUUUGUUAACCAAUGGAAAAAUAUUUGGGAUGGAAACUGAAGUCAGCCUCCAUCUGCUUGACGGAAAGAACUGCGAAGAAAUUCUUGAGAGUAUUGUUAUGGAGACUCAGGACUUGGCAUCCCCUGUCCUUCGCAGUGUCUCCUUGCACACUGAACUGGACGAGGCUUUUCUAGACGCUGAUGUCAUCAUUUUGCUUGAUGAUAUCCUUCAGGACACGAUCCCAACAAUUGAAGAUUGCAUCCGUCAAGUGACCAGUCAAUGUGAAAUCUAUGGUCCUCUGAUAGAGAAGAAUGCCAAAAGUGAUGUCAGAAUUGUUGUGAUGGGGAAAACCUUUGCCAACCUGAAGGCACUAAUGCUUAUGACACAUGCUCCAUCCAUUAACCCUCGAAAUAUUGUCACUCUAGCCACACUCUUGGAAAGUGAAGCCAAGGCCUUGUUGGCGAGAAAAAUGAAAAUGCAUUCAGCAGGAAUAAAAAAUCUCAUCGUCUGGGGUAACAUCAGUGGGGGUAGCUUUGUUGAUCUGAGUAAGACAGAGCUCUAUAGAUAUGACGGUGCCAUCUGGGGUCCCCCAAGCUUUUUCCGCCCUUUGUUGGACGUGCUGUUUGAUCGUGAAUGGAUGCGUACUGAAUUUUUGGUUGCACUGAGUUUACUGAGUUCUUGGGGGACUCAUUGCUUAGGCAUGGCGCCUGCACAUGUCAUUGCUACUCUGCUGGGAUACUGGUACCAGGAUUCCCCGCCAGGAGAGAUGGUCUCUCUGGGAGUAAUCAGUGAAGGUCAGUUUGGGCUUCCUGAAGGGAUUGUCUACUCCAUGCCUGUACGGUUUGAGAAUGGCAGCUGGAAGGUUUUUACAGAAAUAGAAAUUAAUGAGAAAACUCAAGAAUACCUUCAGAUUCUAGCCUGUGAGCUGAUUCGGGAAAAACAAGUUGCAUUAGGUGAAGUAGCAGAAAUGUAUCCACAGAGACGAGUUUUCUCAAGUGGACAAGGAGCCCCUUUGGAAAGUGAAGAUCAAACUGCUGAAGAGACUGAAGGUUCUCCCAAUGAGUCAAGGAGUAUGGAAGAAGGAAACGUUGAAGAAUUCUUCGAAGAAAAUGAUGAAGAAACUACAGAUGCUGUAGCUGAGAAUAUUCCUGGAUAUGUUCGCUUCUAUGACUCAACAACAAUAGAUUCGGUGCAGGAAAACGUCAGUGCUUCUUUCUCUAUUAGCAUCUUGUUUCUCAGCAACCAGGAGACGUUCCAGUCUCACAUUCUAGAGAGGCAGAAGGUCAACCAGUGCGAAAUGGCCCUUUAG